GCGGCAACACGGCCAAGAAUCGUCCAUUGCAACAGAGAGAACAGAAGAAAGCAAGCAAAAAAAAUGAGCAGCAGGCUCCCCUGUGAUCCGCAUCCGAGGACGACGAAGAAGGCGUCGGCAUCCGCUGCGGCGGUGCAGCUCCUGCUGCGCCACCGCGGCGGGAGAGCCGGCACCAAGGACGAGAGCAUCGAGUUCUUCUCCGCCCUCUCCGACCAAACCGACGAGAGGGCCGCCGAUCGGACGGGAAAGACGAAGCCCAGGGCGGAGAUCGGGAAGCAUGACUAUGAUUGGCUUCUGACUCCUCCGGCGACGCCUCUCUCGUGCUCCCCGGCGCUGAGCCGGCUGACGAGGGCUACAUCGGCGUCGCACGCCAAGAGCAAUUCGCCGCUCUCCCGGGCACGCCGGGACAAGGGAAGCAGCUCGUCGCUCAACACGACGGAGCUCGCGUCCUCUGGUCGCCCGCACGUCAGGAGGACUCUCUCGUCGGCGUCUUCGUCUUCGGUCAAAGCCACGAGCAGCGCGUCCGGGAAAUCUACGCCGGCGACGAGCCCCCGCACGCCAGCCGCGGCCACCGCAUGUCGUCCCCGUCCCCAGGAUAAGACGCACGGACGGCAUCAGGUGUCCUCCGGCUCCGGUGCCGCCAGCCAAUCCAAGGGAUCGUCGUCGUCCAGUACCGGGCCCUCGGCGCUGACGAGCGCGCGGCCACGCGCUCCCACGACCGGUGCCUCCAGCCCGAAGUCAACUACCAGAGUGGCGUCAGAGCAGCCGGCGCUGACCAGACGUGGCGGCAUUGUCGCGGCACGUUCGAGGUUCGCGGGCCAGCUGAGUCGUGAUGCAAUGUCAACGGCUCAGGCCGCGGAAAAUGCCGUGCCGCCCAGUAUGGUGAAGACGCGGCCCGUGCCGGCGGCCGUGAAGCAGAGGAGCCACGGCAACGGCACGUCCCCAUUCCCGGCGACUGCUACCUCCCGGAGCGCGCCGAGAGGGGACUUGUUAGCCAGCAAAAGAUUAUCAGCGAGCGGUGUCGACGGCCGAAAGGUCCACGACGACAAGGCCGCAGCCCGUCGAACCGUGGGUUUCGGCUCAUCCGUCGCGAGCACGCGCCGUUGUCUCACGAAGAGCGACUCUCGGAAGCUCACGGUGAACGAGGGCGCCCAGCAGCGGAGUGUCCGACCCGCAGCGUCCGGAAGCCGCCUAGGGUCCGCGGCCACGGUCUCGGACGCCAGGGGCCGCCGGCAGUCCACGGCUGGGAAAGACAAGGUCGCGGUCGCCUCGCCGGACGCGUUCCCGAGCACGCGGUACGACGCCAUGCUGCUGCGGGAGGACCCCAAGAACCUCACGUGGCUGAACGGAUGCGGCGAGGACGACGACGACGGUGAAGACGGGAGCUGCGGCGCAGGCUUGGUCGACGGCUCGCUGGAGCCGUUCCACGUGGAAUAAUCCAGAUGCACGGCACAGGGAGCGGGAUACUGAAAUUGGCGCCAACUUGGUUGGUAAUCACCUGUGCAGUGUACAUGACUCUCUGUUCGGGAAAUCGGGAGCCAGCAGACGCGAUUUUGCAUGGCCAACAUUUGGUUUGCGUCAGAGAUAAAUUGGCAUCUUUCUAGACCUUGUACAAUGAAAGAUGCUUGACAAA